UGAGAGGUGAAGCCGUCUCCAUGCCGCCUACCUGUUUGAUACUCGCCAAGCCCUAGCUUUGUUGACAGCUCCUUCUACCUAACCCGAUCUCUUGCCUUCUCAACAACCUCACUACACUUACAGCAUGCCAAUGAUGCCCACAUCAGACCGCCUACAAGUUCUGCUCGAUCGUGUCCACGAGGCCAACAAGAUCGAGCGCAAUCGUGUCUCGCUUGAGACUUUCCUCGCGGGUCUUCACGAAGAAGACCAAAGCCUCGAUGAGGUGCAGCUGAAGCAGACUCAGCUUGCGAUCUACGAGACGCUCCUGCGCCUUUUCAAUGCCACCAAUUCGGUCUCACAGGCUACCCAAACCUCCGCCUUGACAGCUUCAUGCGCAGUACAGACCGACGCAGCAACAAUAUCCCUUUGGGAUUUACUGCCCAAGGCUCGCAAAGAAGCCUACGAUCGUGGGUUUGAUGCUGGAAAAGACUAUGGAUACGUUCAAGGCAUCAAGGAGGGCAGAAGUACCGGCAUCACGGAAGGCUUGGCAGUCGGGUUUGAACAGGGGCAGGCAGAAGGACUGAAGAUGGGACUGGUGCAAGGCAAAGAACUCGGAACGCAGCACGGCAUUGGGAUUGGAAAGAAAGUCGGUUAUACUGAGGAUCUUGCCCAGGGCCUGGGGCAAGCAGAGGAAGAGAUCAAGAAGUCCGUGGACAAAAGCACUCAGAGGCAUAUGCUGCAGAUGGAGAUGACAAGAGAAAAGAUUGUUGUGAAGCUGCCUCCAGCAUUGGCUACGACCAUCUCCAAGAAGAAGGAUUCGAAGAAGGCCAAGACUGAAAGUAACGGUGUUGAUCCCUUUGCGUCGCUGUUGUGUUUGGUGCACAAGAAGUAGGAGCGGGACGGAACAAGUUGGAAUUAUUGCAUACUCAAGGACGAUACCCAACGGAGCCAGCCGGAGGAUAGUUACUAUACCAUCAAAUACUUCUAAGUGCACAAGCUCGUAGUCCACAUGGAACAUUGCAGACCAUGAGUACGCGAGACUACGACGCUGACCUUGCGAAUCUCACUGAAUGGAAGAUGAUAAGCCGCGCAUCUACGAGGAAGCUCAGCGACUAUCAAUAAGAAGGUCUAAGAUGUACAAAAUAUGUGGCUGAGUUUUCAUACUGUGCAGA